AAUAACAAGGAACUGGCUUGACGUUCGUGAUGCUCUCCGUCGUGAAGCGAAUGUUCAGCCUUAACCUGCAUGUCUGUAAGAAACACUGCCACUAAAGAGUAGAGCUGCAGAGCCACGCCCAUCUGACCCAACACUGCCGAGAAGUGAAACCGAAAGUUACUGACCACCCUUACAGAGACAGAAGAUUCGGAGGAGUGGGUUUAACGCGAUGAACUGUAUUGUUUGAAGAUUCAAUUCUUCAUGAUGGAGUUUCAGAAUUCCAGCAGUGGAGAAGAAACCCCUGGUUUAAAAGUCACUUUCACUCUAAUAUCAGCAGGACUGAAAACCGGAGAGCAGUUUCUCCAGUGUUCAGCUGGGUGUCUAUGAAGAGUGACCAGUCCAUGGGAGAACCUUGUCAUUUCAGCAGUGAGGUAGGAGAACCCAGCUGUGUGUCUACGAAGAGUGACCAGUCCAUGGGAGAACCCUGUCAUUUCACAGGAGGGGAAGAGGAACCCAGCUGUGUGUCUAUGAAGAGUGACCAGUCCAUGGGAGAACCUCUUUAUUUUAGAAGCGGGGAAGGAGGACCCAGCUGCGUGUCUAUGAAGAGUGACCAGUCCAUUGGAGAACCUCGGCAUUUCAGAAGAGGGGAAGGAGAACCCAGCUGUGUGUCUAUGAAGAGUGACCAGUCCAUGGGAGAACCUCUUUAUUUUAGAAGCGGGGAAGGAGAACCCAGCUGCGUGUCUGUGAAGAGUGACCAGUCCAUUGGAGAACCUCGGCAUUUCAGAAGAGGGGAAGGAGAACCCAGCUGUGUGUCUAUGAAGAGUGACCAGUCCAUGGGAGAACCUCUUUAUUUUAGAAGAGGGGAAGGAGGACCCAGCUGUGUGUCUAUGAAGAGUGACCAGUCCAUGGGAGAACCUCUUUAUUUUCAGAAGAGGGGAAGGAGAACCCAGCUGUGUGUCUAUGAAGAGUGACCAGUCCAUGGGAGAACCUCUUUAUUUUAGAAGAGGGGAAGGAGAAUCCAGCUGUGUGUCUAUGAAGAGUGACCAGUCCAUGGGAGAACCUCUUUAUUUUAGAAGAGGGGAAGGAGAACCCAGCUGUGUGUCUAUGAAGAGUGACCAGUCCAUUGGAGAACCUCGGCAUUUCAGAAGAGGGGAAGGAGAACCCAGCUGUGUGUCUAUGAAGAGUGACCAGUCCAUUGGAGAACCUCUUUAUUUUAGAAGAGGGGAAGGAGGACCCAGCUGUGUGUCUAUGAAGAGUGACCAGUCCAUGGGAGAACCUCUUUAUUUUAGAAGAGGGGAAGGAGAAUCCAGCUGUGUGUCUAUGAAGAGUGACCAGUCCAUGGGAGAGCCUCAUGAUUUUAGAAGCGGGGAAGGAGGACCCAGCUGUGUGUCUAUGAAGAGUGACCAGUCCAUUGGAGAACCUCUUUAUUUUAGAAGCGGGGAAGGAGAACCCAGCUGUGUGUCUUUGAGGAGUAACCAGACGAUAUCUCUGGCUCCUGAUUUCAGCCGUGGACUUGAGCCGUCUGACCCACACUUGAGGAGAGAUGGUCAUCUCCAGGACCCGUCCAGGUGUGGACUGGGAAACCACCUUCUGGCAGAUCCAGUCUCUAUCAGCUGUAGACACAGUUUCUGCAGGCAGUGCAUCAGCAGCUACUGGGACCAUUUGGCUCAAUCAGAAGACUUUGUCUGUCCUCAGUGCAGAAAGAGAUGUAUGACACGUCCAGUCCUCUGUUCACACAAAGUGACAAUGGAACAGGACUCUUACCAACCUGCACGUGAUGCACUGUACAGGGACUUAGAGAGACACAAAACCAGCAUGAAGAAAAAGUAUGAGUGCUUAUUUGAGGGAAUCAGAACAGAAGAGAAUAAAACUCUCCUGAACAGGAUUUACACUCAGCUCUACAUCAUAGAGGGAGAGAGUGAAGGAGUGAAUGAAGAACAUGAGGUUUUAAGGAUGGAGAAAACAUCCAGGAAACACCUACAAGACACUCCAAUCAACUACUCAGAUAUUUUUAAACCACAAGAAUGUCUUAAAGGAGAAGAAAAACAAGAGAGUAUUACAGCUGAGACAGCUGAAGAUCUCACUCACAAAGUGCUGACAGAAAAAACAGAAGAUGAAGAAUCAAAAGCACCAGAGCUCAGAGCUGUUCUGACUAAAGGCAUUGCUGGAAUUGGAAAAACUGUCUCUGUGCAGAAGUUCAUUCUGGACUGGGCUGAAGGAAAAACCAAUCAGGAUGUAGAGAUCAUGUUUGUGCUUCCGUUCCGGGAGCUGAACCUGAUUAAAGAUGAUCAGCACAGUCUUCAUGGACUUCUGUGUGCCUUCCAUCCUGAGCUCAAAGAUCUGGACCCAGAGAUUUAUGAUCAGAUCAAAGCUGUGUUUAUAUUUGAUGGUCUGGAUGAAAGCAGAAUUCCUCUGGACUUUUCACAUUGCAGCAAAGUGUCUGAUAUAACCAUGACAUCAUCAGUGGGUGUGUUGAUGACAAACCUCAUCAAAGGAGAGCUGCUUCCCUCUGCUCUGAUCUGGAUAACCUCCCGACCAGCAGCAGCCAAUCAGAUCCCUCCUAAAUACAUCAACCGUGUGACAGAGAUUCAGGGAUUCAGUGACCCACAGAAGGAGGAGUACUUCAGGAAGAGGAUCAGUGAUGAAGACCAAGCCCAGAGAAUCAUCUCCCACAUUAAGACAGUGAGGAGCCUCCACAUCAUGUGCCACAUUCCAGUCUUCUGCUGGAUCUCAGCCACUGUUCUUAAGCAAAUCAUGAAACAGCGUCAUACAGAAAUCCCUAAAACUCUGACUGAAAUGUACUCACACUUCCUGAUCACUCAGACCAAAAUGAAGAACGAGAAGUAUGAGGAGAAAGAUGAGAGAGACCAAAAGAACCUGCUGGAGUCCAACAGAACCAUUCUUCUGAAACUGGCUGAACUGGCUUUCAAACAGCUGAUGAAGGGCAAUGUGAUGUUCUAUGAAGAGGACCUGAGAGAGAGCAGCAUUGAUGUCACUGAGGCCUCAGUGUACUCUGGGAUUUUCACUGAGAUCUUUAGGGAGGAAUGUGUGCUUUACCAGAGGAAGGUCUACUGCUUUGUUCAUCUGAGCUUUCAGGAGUUCCUGGCUGCUGUUUAUGUGUUUCACUGCUAUGAGACCAAGAACACGAAGACACUAGAGGUUUUUAAUCCACUGAACAGAGAGUGGUCUGAGGAUUUUUCACUGCAGCACUUUAAACCCCAGUACUCGGGUCAGCCUGUGAGGGUUCCACUAUGGAAAUGUGAACCCCAUUACACAAGUCAGUCUGAGAAGAUUUUUAAUCCACUGAACAGAGAAAGGUCUGAGGAUGUUCUACUGCAGCCGUUUAAAGCCCAGUUCUCAGGUCAGCCUGUGAAGGCUCCAUUGAAGCAAUUUAAACCCCAUUACACAAGUCAGUCUGGGAAGAUUUUUAACCCACUGAACAGAGAGAGGUCUAAGGAUUUUCCAAGGCAGCACUUUAAACCCCAGUACUCAGGUCAGCCUGUGAAGGUUCCACUAUGGAAAUGUGAACCCCAUUACACAAGGCAGUCUGAGAAGAUUUUUAACCCACUGAACAGAGAAAGGUCUGAGGAUGUUCUACUGCAGCCGUUUAAAGCCCAGUUCUUAGAUCAGCCUGUGAAGGCUCCACUGCAGCAAUUUAAACCCCAUUACACAAGUCAGUCUGGGAAGAUUUUUAACCCACUAAACAGAGAGAGGUCUGACAGUGUUACACUGGAGGAGCUGCUAAGUGGAGCUGUGGAUAAAGCUUUAAAAAGUCAGAAUGGACACUUGGAUCUUUUCCUCCGUUUCCUACUGGGCAUCUCACUGGAGUCCAAUCAGAGACUCCUACAGGGUCUACUGACUCAGACGCAGAGCAGCUCUGAGAAAACCAGAGAAUACAUGAAGAAAUUAAUCAAAGGAGAUAAUUAUACACACAAUGCGAUCUCAACUGACAGAUCCAUCACACUUUUUCUCUGUCUGUCUGAAAUGAAAGAUCAGUCUCUCUCCAGAGAGAUUGAUGAAUAUCUUAAAUCAGAGAAAUACUCAGAGAAGAAGCUCACUCCUGGACAGUGUUCAGCACUAGCCUGCAUGCUUCUGAUCUCAGAGGAGGAGCUGGAUGAGCUGGACCUGAAGAAAUACAACACAUCAGAGCAGGGUUAUAUGAGACUGAUCCCAGCCCUGAGUGUCUGCACAAAGGCUCUGUUAGCGGGUUGUAAUAUCACCACAAACUCCUGUCAAGCUCUCUGCUCUGCUCUACAAUCAACACACUCCUCUCUGAAAGAGCUGGACCUCAGUAACAAUUACCUGUAUAAUUCAGGAGUGGGGUUGCUCUCUGCUGGACUGCAGAGUUCACACUGUAAAAUAGAGAUACUCAGACUAGCUAUCUGUAAUUUUACGGAAAAGGCUUGUGAAAAUUUGGCAUCAGCUCUACAAUCAGCAGACUCCUUCCUUAAAGAGCUGGACCUCAGUAACAAUGACCUGCUGGAUUCAGGAGUGGAGCAUUUCUCUGCUGGACUGAAGAAUUCACACUGUAAACUGGAGAUACUCAGAUUGUCUGGUUGUAUGGUUACAGAUGAAGGCUGUUCUUCUCUGGCUUCAGCUCUGAAAUCAGACUCAUCCCAACUCAGAGAACUGGAUCUGACCUAUAAUCACCCAGGAGAGUCUGGAGUGAAGCUGCUCUCUGAUCUACUGGAGGAUCCACACUGCACACUGGAGAAAUUCAGGGUGGAUCAUGGAGGGAAGAGCAGGAUGAAAAGAGGCCUCACAAAAUAUGCUGUUGAUCUCACUCUGGAUCCAGACACAGUGAACAGACGUCUCUGUCCAUCUGAGAGGAACAGAAAGGUGGGGCAUGUGGGAGAAGAUCAGCUGUAUCCAGAUUAUCCAGACAGAUUUGAUGUCUAUCAGCAGGUUCUGAGUGUGGAGAGUCUAACUGGACGCUGUUACUGGGAGGUUGAAUGGAGAGGAAGUGGGGCUGUUAUAUCAGUGUCAUACAGAGGAAUCAGUAGGAAAGGAGGCACAGAGGACUGUGGGUUUGGAUCCAAUAACCAGUCCUGGUGUCUGGAUUGCUUUAAUGAGAGUUACUCCGCCUGGCACAAUAAUGAAGAAAUUGUCAUAUCUGCACCCCCCUCCUGCUCCAACAAAGUAGCAGUAUAUCUGGACUGGGAGGCUGGAACUGUGUCCUUCUACAGCCUCCCACCCAACAAACACUCACUGUCACAGGUACACACACGCCACCUCGUAUUAAAUCAACCUUACAUUGAAACACUGGCCCAUUUACACACUUUCUACUCCACAUUCACUGAGCCUCUGUAUGCUGGUUUUAGGGUUUAUUCUGGCUCCACAGUGCACAUAUGUUAGACAGACACUGAGUUAUUUGUUCUGAGACCUCCCCCUGACUGUGAUUGGUCCCAAUCCACACGUCAUUUGUUCUGAGACCUCCCCCUGGCUGUGAUUGGUCCCAAUCCAGACGUCAUUUGUUCUGAGACCUCCCCCUGACUGUGAUUGGUCCUAAUCCACACCUCAUUUGUUCUGUGGUGUUGCCCAUCACCAGUGACACUGAGAUGUUAGUGUAAUAACUACCUGUAAUACUCACCUGUUGUCAGUUCCCUAGCAGACUGAGCUCAGAGAAAGAGAGACAGGUUAAGGAAUGUGCACACUGUUUUUAAAGUACUUCUACUGGUAACAUAACUUACUGAGACCUUGUGAUGUUGAUUGCUUUUAGAUUAUGUUUGUACCCUUGAUGUAACCUACUCUUCUGGGAUAGCAACAUCCCUGUGGAGUGGAAAGGUUCACCUCAGGUGAUACAGGGGCGGGACUUAUCUUAAAAGAGGUGUGGUGAGCGUUAGUAGGGAAGGUCUAGCUCGAUGGUACUCAGCUCAGGCUGAGAGAGAGCUGCGGGAACAUGUGAGUAGAGCUGACUGUGUUGUUCCACGGCCUCGCGGCCUAAAACUAAAUAUACUUACCUGUACUGCUGUCGAGUCAGGAUGGCACUUCUUUUAACUACCAUUUACUUUCGUUUGUGCCAUUUUUCUUUUGUGUGUUUUCUCACGUGUAAAUAAAAUCAGUCACGUUUUAACUGAACUACCUGGAGUCGUCAUAUCUUUCCACCUGCAAACUCUUCUCUUUUACCAAUCAGUGACAACCUCCCCCGUGACUCUGUGUCUCCUCUUGGCGUUCGGUGAAGCGUCACCACACUCCCCCUCACUGUGAUUGGUCCUAUUCCACACCUCAUUUGUUCUGAGACCUCCUCCUGACUGUCACUGACCUAGUCACCACAUCAUUCAUUGUAAGACCGUCCUCUGACUGUGAUUGGUCCUAAUCACUGCAUCAUUUGUUCUGAGACCUCCUCCUGACUGCCAUUGGCCCUAGUCACCACAUAAUUCAUUGUGAGACUCUGACUGUGAUUGGUCCUAAUCCACACCUCAUUUGUUAUGAGACCUCCCCCUGACUGUGA